AUGCUGGCGUUUAUGCUUGGGAACGUGAACGACGAGGGCUCGCUGGAGGAGGAGUACAUGGAUGAGGUCGGUAUUAGAUUUGAGGCGAGGUCAGGGGCCGGGCAAGCUGGUGAUGAUGAUGAUGACGACUAUGACCGGAAAGCUGAUGACGCAGAGGACUACGAGGAUAUAGACGAGGUGUUUGAGGAGGACGAUGCUGGCGCUGGCAGCAGCGGUGCCGCGGCUGCUGCUGGUGCGGCUGGUGCUGCUGGUGGGAAUGCAGGUGGUGGCGGCGAUGCUGGUGGAAGUGGGUUUGAGUAUGCUGCUGGGCUGGAAGGGGUUGGUGCUGGUGAUGCAGGGGAGGAGGAGGAUUAUGACCUGGAGGAGGAGGAGAUGGAGGGGGAGGAGGAGGAGAGGGAGGAGGAAGCGGAGGAGGCAGCGGGACAGGGCGCAGGGAAAGGGGGGUUUGAGGAUGGGAACAUGGGUGCAGUUGGAGGGGGAGAGGCUGCAAUCGAGGGGGGUGCGGAGCAGGAGGAGGAAGAGGAAGAGGUGGACGAGGGAGAAGGGGAAGAGGAAGACGAGGAGGGCGAGGAGGAAGAGGAAUUGGAGGAGGAGGAGGAGGGGAGGGAGGAGGAUGAGGAGGAAAAACGGGAGGAGGUGACAGGGUUGGAAUUGGAGUUUGGGGAUAUGGGGAAUGUGGAGAUUGGGGCAGAAGAGGGAAUAGAAGGGCAAGAGGAGGAAGAGGAGGAAGAGGAUGAGGAGGAUGAGGAAGUGGUGCCAACUACCCCAGGCGAAUUGGGGUUCACAGAGGACGAAGAAGAGGAGGAGGACGAGGAGGAAGAGGGGGAGGAGGAAGCGGAAGGUGCAGCAGAGCAGGAUGAGGAUGACGGUGAGGAGGAUGAGGAGGUGAAGGGGGACGAGGAUGGGGAGGAGGAGGAAGACGAAGAAGAGGACGAGGAAGGAGGGGAAGAGGAAGAGGAAGGAGGGGAAGGAGAGGAUGAUGGAAAUAUGGACGAGGAGGAAGGGUAUGGUUUGGACCAGGGGUUGGGUGAAGAGGAGGAAGGAGAGGGGGUCACACAGGAAUUGGAUGAAGGGUUGGAUGAACAUGAGGAGGACGAGGAGGAGGAGAAAGGGGAUGAAGAGGAGGAAGAAGAGGAGGAGCACGAAGAGGAGGAAGAAGAGGAGGGGGGUGAAGAGGAGGAGGAGGAGGAGGAGGAAGAGGAAGGCAAAGAAGUUGAAGAAGGAGAUAAUGAGGUAGGGGGAGAUAGGGGGGAGGACGAUGGAGGUAUUGGUCAAGAGGAAGAGGAGGAUGAGGAAGAGGAUGCAGACGAGGAAGGGGAAGAGGAGGCAGAAGGGGAUGGAGGGGAAGAAGAGGAGGCAGAGGAGGGAGGGGAGGAAGAGGAGGCAGAGGAGGAAGAAGGGGCGGAGGAGGAAGCUGAGGAGGAGGGAGGGGAGGAAGAGGACGGAGAAGGGGAGGGUGAGGGAGAUGGUGAGGGAGAGGGUGUGGGAGAAGGUGUGGGAGAAGAGUCUAGGAAGGAGGGAGAUGAGGAGGAGGAGGAGAACGAGGGAGCAGAGGAGCAGGAGGACGAUUUGGAGGCGGACUUAGAAGCAGCGUUGGAGGAAGCAAUGGAUGAAGGGGAGGGGGGUUUGGAUGAGGGGGAGGGGGGCUUGGAUGAGGGGGAAGAGGGAGGCCAGGGGGAGGAAGGGGCGGGGGAGGACGACGAGGAGGCUGAGGAGGAGAAAGAGAGUGCUGAAGGCGGUGCUGCGGCAGAUGGGGAGGCGGUUCUGGGAGGAGCUGGAAGUGGUGAGUGGGAAGCUGGGAAGCCGGUACUAGAGAGUGAGAAAGGAAGACAGGGAGAGGAACAGGAGGGAGUGAGGGGCGAGGAGGAGGGAGGAGGUGGUGCAGGAGAAGCAGACGGCCUGGCUGGUGACGGGAGGGAGGAUGAGGAGAUGAGAGAACAGGAGGAUGAGGCUGGAGGGGAGGGGGGAGGCGUGGAGAGGGGGAAAGAGGGUGGGGUGGAGGGGGAGGGUGGAAAGGAGGGCAGGGAUGCUGGUGCUCGUGACACUGACAAGAUGGAUUGGGCGGGGCAAGAUGAGGGGGAAGGUCUAGGAGACGAGGAGGGGCUGGAGGGAGGGAUGGGAGAGGAGGAGGGAGAGGAGGACGGGGAGGGGAGGGGAGGGGAGGAGGAGGUGAAGCGGAGGAGUGAGUUGCCAGUGCUGUUCAAGGAAGGGGGCAAGGACGUGCUGCGCUUUUCAGACAUCUUUGGCAUCAAAGGCUCCUUCUGGUCGCUCGUUGUGCAGAGAGGCUCCCGCCCCAAGAGGCACCGGGCACCGCCUCGCUUGCUUGCUACCUGCGAUCCAGGGCAAGAGGAUGACGAGGUGCUUCUUCGAUCUGCACCGUCGCCUAAACGAACGGCUGAGAUGAUGCGAGAGCGAGCUGUUGCUCUUGAGAAAGAGCUACAAUAUCAAGAGAUGCUGGAGAGGGAAGAGGAGGAAGAGGAGGAAGAGGAAGAGGAGGAAGAGGAAGAGGAGGAAGAAGAGGAGGAGGAUGACGACGAGGAAGAGGAAGAAACAGAGGAAGAGGAAGAGCUAGAAGAAGAGGAAGAAGAAGAGGAAGAGGACGCGGAGGACGAGGAGGAAAAAGAGGGAGUAAAAUUCAGGGAAGGAGAGGCGAUUGAAAGUCAGAUGAAAGAAGAGGUGAAACCAGCAGCAAGGGAGGAGGAGAAGGAGGAGGGGUUGGAGGAAGAGGCGGAUCGGGCCAUAAUAGGAAGAGCUAGGAUAGAGGAGGGCCGAGAAUGGAAGAAGGAGGGAAUGGAUGAAAUAGAGAGGGAACACGGGUUGAUGAAAGAGGGAAGCGAGGGCGAGGGUGCGGGGGCUGCGGGAGAGGAGAGGGCUAGAGUUGAGGAAAAGGGGAGUGCUGGAGAGGAGGAUGAAAGGGACGGACAGGAGAAGGGGCACGAUGGAAGUGAGGAGGGAGAGAAAGAUGGGAGUGCGGACAUGGGGAGAGAGAAAAAUGAAGAUGUGGAGAAGGGAGAGAAAGAUGGGAAUAUGGACAAGGGAGGGUCCGAUGAGAAGGAUCAAGGGCUGAAGGAAGAAGGCUUGAGAGGUGAUGCUGAGGUGGUAAUGGAAGGGGACAGGGCAAGGGUUGAGGAAAAGAGGAAUGGUGGAGAGGAGGAUAGUUGGGAGAAGGAAAGGGUUGAGGAGAAUAGUGAUAGGGAAGAGGAGCCUCGAACCACUCUUGAGAUGCCUUCAAGCACUCUGGAGGGCGAGCCUAGAAGGCUAGAGGGCAGCGUCCCAGAGAAUGGAACCAGGAAUGAGGGAGUGAGUGAGGGAAAGAGUGAGGGAGGGAGUGAGGGGAGGAGUGCGGGUAUGGUGGAUGUGAAGAAGGAUGAGCGGGUCGAGGAUGAGGAGGAAAGAGGAGGUGGGAGGGAGGACGAGGAGGCGAAAAUAGGGGAAGGAGACGGGGCAGGAGGGGCAAGUGCUGAAGGGGCGAAUGCAGCAGUGGAAAACGGAGGAAAAUCAGGAGGGGAGGUAGGAGGGGAGGCAGGAGGUGGAGUGAAGCAGGUGGUUGGAGAGGGUAUUGAGACGCAGGAGAUGGAAGUGGAGCGAGCAGAGGUGGGGCAGGGUGACGUGGGGGAGGUGGGGACUGGGCAGGGUGACAGAGGGGAGCUGGGGUCUGGGCGAGGUGACACAGGAGAGGUGGGGACUGGGCAGGUUGACACAGGGGCAGGGGCAGCGGUGGGGGCUGGAGAGCAGGAUAUGGGGGUUAGCAAGGGCACGGAGAUUGGGGUUGAAAGCGGCAAUAUGGAGGUUGAGAAGUCAAAUGAGUCUUCUCAAAGCCCUAUUAGGGCUGGAAAGGACAAGGAGAAACUAGAGGAGAAGGAUGUUAGAAGGGCUGGUAGGAUUGGUGGUGGGGAUGGUGAGGGAGAGACUACAGGCAUGGAGCAAUCUGAAGGGUUAGGGGUGGAGCAGAGGGAAGGAGAGGGGCUAGCAUUGAAGGACUGUCAGGGGUUGCGUGGUGCUGCAGGGGAAGCUGUUUCUGAGGUGCGUCAACCGGGGCCUGAGGGGGUGGGACUGAGGGAAGGAGAGGAGGGCGUGGUAGGGAGGAAAGGAGAGGGGUCACCGGUUUCAGGGGGGCUAGAUGGUGCAGUAGAAGGGUUGCAAGGUGCAGGUGAAGGGUCACUAAUUGCAGCAGGCGGAGCAGAGGCUGUGAGAAAAGAAGAGGAGUCACAAGUUGUGGAGGGGUUGGAUGGUGGUGAGCUGGAAGGGUUGCAAGGUGCAGGUGAAGGGUCACUAAUUGCAGCAGGCGGAGCAGAGGCUGUGAGAAAAGAAGAGGAGUCACAAGUUGUGGAGGGGUUGGAUGGUGGUGAGCUGGAAGGGUUGCAAGGUGCAGGUGAAGGGUCACUAAUUGCAGCAGGCGGAGCAGAGGCUGUGAGAAAAGAAGAGGAGUCACAAGUUGUGGAGGGGUUGGAUGGUGGUGAGCUGGAAGGGUUGCAAGGUGCAGGUGAAGGGUCACUAAUUGCAGCAGGCGAAGCGAGGAGUGUGAGGGAAUGUGAGGCCCAGAAGAGGGAAGAAGCUGCGACGAGCACAAGGGGAGAGAGUGAGGAGGGAAGCGGGAAAGAGAGUGAGGAGGGGAGGGAGUGGGAGAGCGAGGAGGGGAGGGGAAAUGGGGAAGAGGAGAUGAAGAAGGUUCAAGUGCCUUUUGAGACGAGGGAACGAUCUGCUGAUUCUGAGAUGCCCCAGAAACAGUCAGCUGAAGAAGAAAGUGCGGCGGGUGGUGCUGAGGGUGGCAAUGAUGGUGAAAGGGACGGCGAACUGGGCGGCAAAGUGGGCAGCCUAGAGGGAGGUAAUGAAGAGAGCAAAGGAGAAGGGAAGGUGGCGGGGGCAGGCGAGGGUGAUGGGGGUGGUGACAGGCGAGGGAGUGGGGAUGGGCUAGGUGAUGCGAAUGGGCCUGGCAGAAGCGAUAGGCAUUUGAAUGGGCAUGAGGGCGGUCAUUCCGUUGGGAGUAGGGAUGGCGACAGGGAUGGGUUGGGGAGGGCUGUGCAGAGUGAGAUUGGGGAGGAGAAGGAGGGCGGUGGCCAGGCCAGUGGGGAGGAAGCGGGUACAGGGAGGGCAGAUGAGGAGGGUGCAUUGCGGAUGGUUACAGAGAAGAGUGGCGAGGGGACAAGUGAGGCAAGUGAGAAAGGAGAGGAAGGAGAGAAAGGAGAGGAAGGAGGGAAAGGAGAGGAAGGAGGGAAAGGAGAGGAAGGAGGGAAAGGAGAGAAUGGAGGGAAAGGAGAGGGAGAGGGGUUUGUUGGUGACAGGGCUGAGAUUAAAAUGCAAGUGGUGGGUGAGAGUGUGGAGGGAGGGAAGGGCGAUAGGACUGACGCUGGUGAUGGUGAUGGUGAUGGUGAUGGUGAUGGAGAUGGAGAAGGUACUGGGGAGAAGGAAGUGGAGGAGGGUAGGGCCAAGAAGCAAGAGCAAAGGGAAGGAGCACGAGAGGAAGAGAAGGGAGGAGAGGAAUUGGAGAGAGGAGAGGGAGGCGGUGGUGCGGAGGGGAAAGGUGGGAUGAAGCAUGGAGUGGAAGGGGGUUUGGAGCAGGACGUGAUGCCUGUGGCAAGGAAAGGCAAGCUGGGGGAUAGUGGUGAUAAAGGGGAUGCGAAUAGAGGGGAUGAUAAUAUGGGGGAUGAGAACCGAGAGGAUGAAAACAGAAUGGAUGAGAAAUUACAGGAUGGUAGUCACGAGGAUGAGGAUAAGGGGGAUGGUUUAAAGGCAGAAGGAGUGGAGGAGAGAGGAAUGGGUGAAGUAACGAAAGAGAUGGGCGAGAAGAGGGAGGAGAAGGGAGAGCAGAAGGAUGAGAAGGAGGAGAAUGAGGAGGAGGAGGAGGAGGAUAAAGGAAAGGAGAGGGAUGAGAAGGAGGAGGAGAGGCGAGAGGAGAAGGAGGAGAACAGAGAGGACAACGAAGAGAAGGGUGAGAAAAGGGAGAAGAGAGAGAAGGAGGACGAGAGGGAGGUCGGUGAACAGAUGGAGGUGGACGAACAGCCUGGGGAAGGGAGAGUGGGUAGAGAGGAGGGAAAGGAAAUGGGAGGAGAGUUGGAGGAGAGGGAAGUCGAGAAGGGGGAUAAAGAGGAGGUGGGCAAAGAUGGGGGGAAAGAAGAGGGGGAGAAAGGUGAAGGGGGGAAAGUUGAGAAGAUGGAAGUGGAAGGAGAAAACUUGGAAGGGACCAGAGCAAAUGGAGAGGAGGAGAGAGGGGAGGAGCAUGUGAAUGAGAGUGAGAGAAAGGGGAUGGAAAGGGGUGACUGUAAGGACAUGGAUGGCAGCGGUGCAAUGGAGAGGGAGACGAGAGUGAAGCAAGGUGUAGUGACAAGGAGUGGAGGCGAAGAAGGGAAGGAGGUUGUUCCUGAAGGUGAGGGAGAGAAGAGGGUGAUCGAAGCAGGGCUAGCUGAUGGGGAGGCACGCGAAGUGAAGAGGUUGGGGAUGGGAGGGGCAGGCGAAGGUGAGGGAAUGAUAUUGGUGAGACAAGGACAACAGGUGCAAGAGGGAGUGGUGGGGGGUUUGGUGGGGGAUUUGGUGGGGGGAUUGGGGGAGUUGAAGGAGGCACACGGGCAACAGGAGUGUGCGGAGGGGCCUGAGAAGAAAAGGGAGGAGGCGAUGGGAGAGGAGGGAAAGGGAGGGAAGGGGAAGGGAGAGGAAGAUGGGACGGAUGAAGCUGCAGUUGAUGGUAUACAGGUGGGGGUGGGCGGAGAGAAAAUCAAGUCUGAGGACGAUGCUGCUGAUGCCUGUACGACAAGGGAGGGCAGUGGGGAGGGCAAUGGAGAGGGCAAUGGAGAGGGAAGUGGAGAGGCGAUUGGAGAGGAGAAUGGAAAGGGGAGUGGGGACGGCAAAGGUGAGGAUGCUGCUGUGUGUGACGGUAGGGGAAAGGAGAGGGGCACAGUCGAAGGAGAAAGAGGUAGCUUGGGAGAGGGGGAGGGAGUGGAAGGGGAGAAGGAAGGGGGGAAGGAGGGGGGAGGAGUGGGAGGGGAGGGAAGAGAAGGAAGGUUGGUUGAGGAGGGAGGGUAUGGGGGAAGGGGAGGCGGGGGAGAGGAGGGGGGCGAAGAGAAGGGGAUGAGAAAGGGAGUGGUUGGGGAGGGAGGAAAGGAAGAGAUAGAAUGGCAAGAGAGAGGAGCAGGCGAAGGGGUGCAAGAGGGAGAAGGAGGACAGGGGGAGGAUGGUGAAGGGGACGUGGGAGUGGUUAAAGUGAAGGGGGCGGGUCAUGAAGACGAAGGAGACGAGGGAAGAGAAGCAGGGCGAGAGAUGGUGAUGGUGGGGGGGGGUAGUCUGAACGAAGGAGGAAAAGAGAGUGAUGAAAGAAGGCGGGAGACUGAGGGGAUGAUGGUGAGAGUUGGUCUUGAGGAACGAGGAGGAGCGAGAAGAGAAGCAAGUCGAGAAAUUGUGGCAGUAGGCACGAAAUUGGGCAAGAGAGCGGACAGAGCAAAGCUCAAGGCGGCAAAGAAGGUGCUAAAAAAGAAGGCGCUCAAAACGAGGAUGAAGAAGCGACCAAGGGGAUCCGUUGAACAUCGUUUGGACGGGCUGUUUUCUCAAGGACAGGGUCCGGAGGAGGAUGAGUUGAUACAGCUGGCAGAGUCGUUUGCAGGAGUGUUUGACAGCACACCCAGUGCUGUCUUCUCUGCUCUCAUGCAGAGCGACUGGGAGGACCAGAUUGUGUGGGGCAGCCCUGAACGCCCUGAGAGCUGGGAGGGCGAGGGUGAGGGUGAGGGACGGGAGAGAGAUGGAGUGCGGGUGAUGGGAGGAGAGGAGGAGAUGGAGGAGGAGGAUGAAGAGGACGAGGGGUUGAAGGAGGAAGGGGAUCGGGAGAGGGAGCGGAAGGGAGCGAGGCAGGGAGGUGAUGAGAGGGAAAAUGGGGCUGUGGAGGGGAAGAUGGGUAGUGAAAGGCACAUGGAGGCGGAUAAAGUGAAGUUGGAUGGCACGAGAGAGGGUGGUAUUGGAGCAGAGCAAGGCGGCAAGGAGGAAGGGACUAUUGAGAGGCUUGAUAUUUCUGGCGGGGAGGAAUCAGACGAGGAUCUAGAAUGGGAGGAUGGCGGCACAGGGGGCUCAGGUGAAGAGAAGGGUGAGAAGAGCAGUAAGGGUGGAGGGAAAAAGGGAGGUGUGCUGGUGGCGGCACGAAAGCAGCAGCCGCCAGCAGAGCUGGUGGGGCAGUAUGGGGAUGUGCUGGUGUAUGAUGAUGGCGUGGUUCUGGAGCCCAUAGGUGCGUCCUGGCCCAAGCCCAGGGCGUUCCGAGGCUGGGAGGAAGACGGAGAGGCUCGGGAAAUCCACCCGCUGCUGCUCCGGCUCGAAUGCCAGGGUCGGGCCGAAGCUAGGGCCAAGGCUAGGGGAAGGAGGAAGGUGGGAGAGGAGGGAGGAGACGGGGUUGGGAAGGGAGAGGGAGGGAGGGGUGCUGGUGCAGGUGGGGAGGGGGCAGCGGGUGUGUCUGGUGAUGCGGAAGGUGGUGGUAGGGGCGAUGGUGCUGCUGGUAGGGUUGAUGAUAUGCCUGGGGAUGAGCAUGGGCGUGUGCACGAGGCAGAGGAGGAGGAGGAAGAGGAUGAGGAGGAGGAAGAUGAGGAUCCAGGCAGGGCGGCAGUGAGAAGGCGAGUUAGGGAGGUGCUGAGGACAGCAGCCGUGCCUAGGAACACAGAGCUGGACUCUGGUGCAUGGUUGGAUGCGGUGCUGUGGGGUGAUGAGGAUGAGGAGGAGGACGAGGGCGAGGAGAGGAAGGAGGCAGCGGGGGAGGAGGAGGAAAAGGAGGGGAAGAGGAAGGGUGGCGUGGGGGAGGGGAGAGAAGGGAGUGGCACUCCAGAUGCUCCGGUUCUGCUGACGUUCUCCCAGGUGUUUCCACGGGCUUCAUGGCGCAAAAAGAAGCUCAAGCCGAAAGAGGCACCGCCCACCGCCGCGGGUGUUUCCUUGGCUCGCCCUGCUCGCCCCGCGCGCCCUGCUCCCCCGCGCAUAAUCUUUGACCUCAGCGAUCGCCGCAUGACCUUCCAGCUGGUGGGACCGGUGGGAGAAGUCACAGGGAGAGUAGGCUCUGGCGUGCGGGGCUCUGUGCUGGGGAGGGUAUCCCUGGCGGGUGUGACUGAGGCAGGUGCAUCUGGUGUAGGUGUUUCUGCGGCAGGUACGGGACCAGGUGGUGUAGUUGCAGGUGUGAGCGGCGUGGAGGAGGUUGCAGGGAGGGUGGAGGCAGGUGGAGAGGAAGUGGCAGGUGGUGCUGGGACGAUCCGUUUGAUUGACCAUGCGCUGGCUAUGAUUGUGCCAGCUCAGCCGCGCGUCGUGCCACAUCAGCAUCAGCACAUGCAGACGCUCCCGACAUCAACGCCUGUAACAAUCGGCGAAACAGCAUCCGCACUGUCACCAAGACCAGCAGCCGCCGCUGCCACCCCUGCCACCAGCACAGCCGCAGCAGCAGCAGCAGGAGCAAGUGCGUCCGAGCCCAAGAGCUCCAGCGUCCCUCCACCAACCUCCCUCUCCUCCACGCUCCCAUCCGCGCACCUGCCGCUCCCAGGCGACGCAGCAGCGGGGUGGCUGCCUCCUGAGUUCCUGGCAGAGGCAGCAGCGUGGGCGGUGGAUUUCUCGCGGGACCACCUGUACCAGAGCAGCAAGGCGGGCGUGGGGGCAGUGGGCGGGGCGGGGGGUGGAGGGAAGGCGCACGGGAAGAAGCGUGCGAGCACGAGCGUGAAGCAGGUGAGUUCCUUCCUGGCAGAGGCAGCAGCGGCAGCGGCAGCAGCAGCGGGGUGGCUGCCUCCUGAGUUCCUGGCAGAGGCAGCAGCGUGGGCAGUGGAUUUCUCGCGGGACCACCUGUACCAGAGCAGCAAGGCGGGCGUGGGGGCGGUGGGCGGGGCGAGGGGUGGAGGGAAGGCGCAUGGGAAGAAGCGUGCGAGCACGAGCGUGAAGGUGUGUGGUGUGCCUGCAGACAAUGAAGCCACGGCUCAGCAGGUGAGUUCCUUCCUGGCAGAGGCAGCAGCGGCAGCGGCAGCAGCAGCGGGGUGGCUGCCUCCUGAGUUCCUGGCAGAGGCAGCAGCGUGGGCGGUGGAUUUCUCGCGGGACCAUCUGUACCAGAGCAGCAAGGCGGGCGUGGGGGCGGUGGGCGGGGCGGGGGGUGGAGGGAAGGCGCACGGGAAGAAGCGUGUGAGCACGAGUGUGAAGGUGUACCACUCGCUGCCGGCUAUUCGCCUGCAAACGAUGAAGCCGCGACUGAGCAACAAGGACCUAUCGCGCUUCCACCGGCCCCAGGCGCUGUGGUUUGCGCACCAGAGCGAGGCAGCAGCAAGGGCGCAGGGGCGCGUGGAGGGGCAGGAGGGCAGCCUGCGGGUGAUCGUGAGGACGCUGGGGAGCAAGGCUGUGAAGCUGCACGUGGGCGCGGGGGAGAUGCUGGGUGCUUUGCGAGCUAAGACCGCCAAGAAACUAGGAGACAUGAAGGAGAGCGAGGCAGUGCGUUUUUUCUCCAACGGGCAUGAAGUGACGGCAGACAAGCCGCUGGGAGAGCAGGGAGUGAGGGGCAGCGCCAUCAUCCACGUGGUGCGCCCGCGCCUGCACCCCUGGGGGCGAGCGCACCUGAAGCUCCCAGGCGACAGCAAGCCCAAGCGCCCCCCCGGGGCCUUCCGGAAGAAGGCGGAUCUGUCGGUGAAGGAUGGUCACGUUGUGCUCAUGGAGUACUGUGAGGAGCGCCCUUUGCUCCUCAGCAACGUGGGCAUGGGCGCCCGGCUCGCCACCUACUACCGCAAGAUCUCGUCCGUCGAUUCCGGCGCAGCUGCGAUCCGGGACGUCCCUUUCUCCGGCUCGGUGAUGCCGCUCGAACCGGACGAGGAGUCCCCGUUCCUGGGCGACGUCAGGCCCGGCACGAGCCAGUCCAGCCUCGAGACGAACCUGUUCCGAGCCCCGGUGUUUCGGCAGCAUGUGCCGCACACGGACUAUCUGCUCGUACGGUCGCCGAAAGGGAAGCUGUCUAUAAGGAGGAUAGAUGGGAUGCAGGUGGUGGGGCAGCAAGAGCCGCAUUUGGAAGUUAUGAAUCCGAUCUCUAAAGCUGCCGUACUCCAUAGUAGCAACCGCCUUAUGGUUGGAGUCUGUCGGACGUUUCGGGAUUAUGACAAGGAUAAGGACGGCGGCGGGAGCGGGAGCGGCGGUGGGAAGGGAGGGGCGCAGGGGAAGGGUGGGAAGAAAGGGGGGCGGCGGGCGGUGGUGAACGCGCCUAAAGUAAGGGCGGAUGAUAUUGCUGCGCAGUUUCCCACGCUCACCGAGGGGCUUAUAAAGAAGCGGCUUAAAACGUGUGCAGAGCUGCAGAGGCUGGAGGGCGGAGAAAUGUGGUGGGUUAUGCGGAGAAACUUCCGGGUUCCUUCCGAGGAGGAGCUACGGAGAAUGGUAACCCCCGACUUGGUGUGCUGCCAUGAAAGCAUGCUGGCAGGUCUGCACCACCUUCGGCGAAUAGGAAUCCGCCACCUCACCAACGCGUCGCCGCCUCUCAGCACCGCCAUCGCCCAGCUCCUCCCGGACAACCCGAUUAAGAUGGCAGCGAGUCUGCUUAUAGAGAGGGAAUUACUGCUCACUCCCUGGAACCUUUCUCACAACUAUUUAUCGAGUAUGACCCACGGGAAAGGCGGGUUAGAGAAGCUGGAGAUAAGUGGAGCAGGGGAUCCCUCUGGGCGUGGCCUGGCGUUUUCCUUUCUCAAGAUUCAGCACAAGCAGCCAGGGGCGGAGAAGAUCAAGGUGGUGGAAAAACGGGCGGCGCAGGCUCGGGGCGGGGCGGCGGUGACAGGCACGGACGCGGACCUGCGCAGGCUCGGGAUGGAGGCGGCUCGGGAGGUGCUGUUGAAGCUAGGGGUGGCAGAUGAGCAGAUUCAGAAGAUGGGGCGAUGGCACAGAAUAGCUCUGGUUCGCAAGCUGUCUUCGGAGCAAGCGGCCGCUGCUGCAGGAAAGAGUGGUGAUUCCGUUGCUGCGCUGAAUAAGUUUGCAAGGGGGCAGCGCAUGUCGUUUUCGCAGCUGCAGCUGCAGACGCGGAGCAAGUGCCAGGAGGUGUGGGAGAAGCAGGUCAGGAGCUUGUCUGCUCUGGCGGAAGGGGAGGAGGAGGAAGAGGAGGAGCUGUUGGGGGACUUAGACUCGUUUGCGGGGGACUUGGAGAAUUUGCUGGAGGCUGAGGAGGGCGGGGAGGAGGAGAGAGAAGGGGGUGGGGCAAGGGGAGGGGGCGUGGGGGGGAUGAGGAGGAGGAGGGCUUGGGAGGUGCAGCGAGAGGAGGAGCUUGAGGAUGAGGAGGCGGAGGCUGCUGCCCUCAGGCGCAUGCUGCUGGAAGGUGGGUUGGGAAUGGUUGUAUGCGGUGACCAGGCGCAUGCUGCUCUAAGGUUGGGGGCGCUAAGUGGGGGCGCUAAGUGGGGGCGCUAA